GAAGCUGUGUCGUAAUCGUACAGAUCGGAAAACGCGGUGGAUUUGAUGUGGAGAAUCGGUUUAGGUCAAAGGUUGCGAAUUUAGGGUAGUUCAGUGGAGGGAAUGAUGAUCGAGUUGCUGAUUUGGUGGAUUAGUAGUGAGUUUAUGUGGAGUUCAUGACCAAAUUGAAAUCGAUUUGGGGCAUAAGAUUUAUAAGCAAGAGCUCGUGAUAUCGAGAGUAGCAUCAAUCGUAAUUUCAUGUCCAAAAUGAAAAAGAGUCUGUUUUUGAAGCUUCACAAAACCUUUAUUUGAGAUAAAAGUUAGAGGUAAGCUUCAGUUUCAGUUUGUUUCACUAGUAGAUACCUAGCUAUAUAAUCGGCCAUGCAUUCGAUUUAGUUAGAUGAGCACAAUAGUUCGACCGAACCUUUCGGAGAUAUAUCUAGUGUUAAGACAAAUCCUCGGUCGUUCUACUAGAUUGAUAUUUUGGGUAACAUGGUAUCAAAGCUAGUCCUAAACCCCUUCCGUUUUAAGAUGUCCUAUGUACGAUUCCCAAAUCCACCAUUCUAUGGCGUGGAUUCCACACGUAGCGUGGUAGACUUGAUAUCCGUGAGCAGGGGUGUCAACACUAAUUCCGGGCUGUUUCCUACUAGAUCGAUCGUUUGGGCAACAUUCAGGUGCGCCUUUUUGCUACACAAUCUGAGUAUGCAGAUCGUCUAGCAGCUGCUGAGAAAGCUGAAAGCCAAUGUACGAGUCAUACGCGGUCCUUAAUUGAUCAAAUAAGCAUGCAGCAAGAAAAGAUUGUUCUACUUGAAGAAUCGAAGAAAGUUAGAGAUGAAGAAUACUAUCAGUUGAAGACUCUAGUUCGAGCUCUUGAAAAAAGGAAUCUAGAGGCCUUGAUUAGCAAAAAUGAGGUUCCUGUUGCAGCCGUGGUAAUAAUGGCUUGCAAUCGUCCAGACUAUUUACAAAGAACAGUAGACUCUAUAUUGAAAUAUCAUAGCUCUGUCUCUUCAAAAUUUCCACUUUUUGUAUCCCAGGAUGGAACAAAUCCUGAUGUUAAAAGUAAAGCUUUGAGUUACAGCCAGAUCACUUAUAUGCAGCAUGUGGAUCUUGAACCAGUGCAUACAGAACGACCAGGAGAAUUAAUAGCGUACUACAAGAUUGCCAGGCACUACAAGUGGGCUUUGGAUGAACUGUUCACAAAGCAUAACUUCAAUCGGGUAAUCAUAUUGGAAGAUGACAUGGAGAUAGCCCCAGAUUUCUUUGAUUAUUUUGAGGCUACGUCUACUCUACUUGAUAAUGAUAAGACUAUCAUGGCUGUAUCUUCUUGGAAUGACAAUGGCCAAGUGCAGUUUGUGCAUGACCCUGAAACCCUUUAUCGCUCAGAUUUCUUUCCUGGGCUUGGAUGGAUGCUAACGAAAUCUACAUGGGAAGAACUAUCACCAAAGUGGCCUAAAGCUUAUUGGGAUGAUUGGGUAAGGUUGAAGGAGGUACACAAAGAUCGCCAAUUUAUUCGGCCAGAGAUUUGCAGAACAUACAAUUUCGGUGAGCAUGGCUCUAGCAUGGGACAAUUUUUCAAACAGUACUUGGAGCCUAUUAAGCUGAACGAUGUCCAUGUUGAUUGGAAAUCAGCUGACGUGAGCUAUCUGAGGGAGGACAAAUAUCUGGUUUUAUUCCGAAAAAUUGUAUCUGAUGCAAAACCUGUUCAUGGGCCUGAUGCUGUUCCUACGGCUCAUAAUCUAGAUGUUGAUGUCAGGAUCCAGUACAGUGACCAGAGAGACUUUGAGCGAUUAGCUCGCCAGUUUGGUAUAUUUGAAGAAUGGAAGGAUGGAAUUCCAAGGACAGCUUAUAAAGGAGUCGUAGUCUUCCGAUAUAAUAGAACUCAAAGGCGCAUAUUCCUCGUGGGUCCAGAUUCUCUUCGGCAACUUGGGAUCAAACAUUCGUGAGACAAUUUAACAGCACAUUUUGUACACUUUAUGCUUUGACCUCAGAUCUCUGUUGGCAUGACGGGACUAAUGAAUCUUACAACCACACUCAAGAUAUACAUUAAAAGGAUGGUCCAAAUCCACCGAGUGCUCGAAUUAAUACCUCAGAAGAUGGUUUUAUCGGCAAACAAUAUCGGUAACGCCCUUGCAUUCCUUAAGUUUUCUUUUCUUUUUGUGUAAAUGCAAGAAUAUGUUUAUUAAAACUUUUAGGUGUUGGCUUCUGUUCACUCAGAUUAUAGAUGCAUGAUAUUUAGUCGAUUGAAACAUUUGAAGCUGUCACACAUAGGAAGUUACAUUGACAAUUUGCUGCAUUAGGAAGUACAAAAUCUCUCAAUCUGAUGUUUUUUCUCUGCAAUAAAAUGUUAGUUGCAUUUAUCAUUGUUG